UUGUUUUUGUUUGUUUAUUCAAUUCUUAAGUUUUUCUUUUAAUUUUCUCUCUGAUUGAAUGAUGAUAAAAUCUUCUAUUUUCAUUUUUAUAUUACACUUUGUUAUACACAACGAAUGUAAAGUGCAUAAAAAAGGUUCACUUCGGGAAAAUGAAAUAAAUACUAACUGGAAAGGUUUGUGGUUUCCCAAACCACCUAAUUACUAUGAUGAUAGCAUAGAAACAGCCAAUGUGGCAUCAGCUGCCAACACCAACAAAGACUCAUGGCAAGGCCCUUGGUUCCCACAUCCCCCCGGAAAAUCUUCUGACGUAUUUACAGAAAAAAGUGACGACUUUGCAUAUGCAAACAAAUGUGAUAAUGGCAAGCAAAAUAUUGCGAUUGAUUUUGAUCCCGAGGACAAACGACAUUCGUACAAUUUUUUGUGCUUUGGGAAUCGUACUGAAUAUGAGCCAAAUUUUAACACUUCAAGUUUGUUAAUAGAGCAUUUUGUGCCUGCUGCAUACCAGCCACCUGUUAAAUGUAUCAGCGAACGAAUCGAUUACAAUGAGACAUUACCAACAUUUGGUCCUUACCGCCCUUUGGCUCCCAAGUUCGGCGCCUAUAAAUAUUUGCCACCACAAAGAUGGCUUCGAAGCUUGGCAGAUGGCGCAAUUGUAUUUUUAUAUCAUCCAUGUGCCUUUUCCGGACAAAUUAAACAGCUCCAGAAUACCCUACAAGGAUGUUUGUAUCGGCAUAUUAUUUCACCGUCGCUCCUGUUAACGGCUGAACGCCCUUUGGCACUUUUGGCCUGGGGCAAAUGUCUUCAAAUGUCAGUAGUUGAUGACAGCAGAGCUGUACAAUUUAUUAAGGAUAACGCGAAACUUGGUAUAAAAGGCAAGCAGCAGAAACUGAAUCUGUCAGCACAUCUUUAUGACGCCGGGUUAUUGACAGAAUCUCAUUUAGUUACCGAUGAACAGGAUUCAGAAGUUUGCGGCUAUAAAGAGAUGUGAUAUUGGGAAUAAAGCAAUUGGUUGUGUGUAGCGUUGAUAUUAUUGUUAUACCUAUAGAAAAUAUUUGUAAUAAUUUUUUAAAAUAAAAAGUACUGAAAAUUUGCA